ACUUCCAAAAGGUCGUGACUGAGUGAGAAACAAGCUGCCAAGCUGGUGUACUUUUUUCAGCUGCUGCAAAAUCAAGCCAAGCAGUCUUGCGCUCUCCGUCACUGAAAAAUGGAGCAGACUUUCAUUAUGAUCAAACCUGAUGGCGUUCAGAGAGGCCUGGUUGGUGAGAUCAUUAGCAGGUUUGAGAAAAAAGGCUUUUACUUGAAGGGGAUGAAACUUGUGAAUGUUGAUCGUACUUUUGCUGAGAGGCAUUAUGCGGAUUUGUCUGCUAAGCCUUUUUUCGAUGGCCUAGUUGAGUAUAUAAUCUCUGGUCCAGUAGUUGCAAUGAUAUGGGAAGGAAAGAAUGUUGUGCUCACUGGACGCAAGAUUAUUGGAGCCACUAAUCCAUCGGAGUCAGCCCCUGGAACCAUUCGUGGGGAUUUUGCAGUUGAAAUUGGGAGGAACAUCAUUCAUGGAAGUGAUUCAGUUGAGAGUGCUAGGAAAGAGAUAGCAUUGUGGUUCCCCGAUGGUGCUGAAAACUGGGGGAGUAGCAUUCAGUCAUGGAUAUACGAGUGAAAGAGUCCCAUAGUUGGAUGGCAUAGCCCGACAGCUAUAUCAAAUAAACAAUAAGUGCUUGCUUUGUUAGAAUUCCUCCUGGUGUAGAUCUCACUUAUCUCGCCUAUUGAUGAUAAUGCCAAUGUGAAGGAACAUAACACAUACUCUUAUGAAACUUAGUUUUAUACUACCAAAGUUCUGGCUAUGCCUUUUGUAGUGGCAUUUUCUUUAAUUCAUUAUCCUUUAUUGA